AUGCCGAAUGCUAAUGAUAGAGUGUGCACUUGUUGUAAAAAUAAAAUUAAAAGAACUGAAAAAGAAUUACAAUGCAGUUCAUGCAAAUUUCAUGUGCACACAAAGUGUGUAAACAUGUCUGAUUCCUAUUUAACUGUGUUUAAAAUGAAACAUGUGAAAUUUCAUUGCGAUGGAUGUCUGGAAAUUUUUGAAAAUUUUGACAAUGCUUUAGUAAAUGUUGAUAGACAUUUUGUAAAAUCUGCAGUUGAAAUUGCUACUAUUCGUGAAUCAAACAAACAGCUCAUUUCUGAAGUAAAUGAAAUGAAACAAUUGUUGAAUAAUUUGGGAAAAGAUAGUAUGGCCGUCGGUACUGAGUUUGCUAAAGAAAUGGAUAUAAUAAAAAAAGAGUUGAAGGUUAGCUUUGCUGAUGUUGUUAAAGGUGAAUUUAAAAAUGAAAUAAAAUCCGUCAAUACCGAGGUCAAGAAUGUAAGUAGGAAAUUAGAUGAGGAGAGUGAGCGGAAAAAGAGAGAAAAUAAUAUAUUAGUAUUUGGUCUUAAGGAACAAGGUACAAUAAUUGAGGAAAAAAAUGUUGUAUUAAAAAUAUGUAAAGAAUUGUCAUUUGAUUUAAUUGAAAAUACUAAUGAUUUCAAAAUAAGUAGACUGGGAAUAAAAGGUGAGUCACCACGGCCUAUGUUGGUUGCUGUCAGAAAUAGCAAUACCAAAACUGCCAUCAUGAAAAAUUUGUUCAAAAUCAAAUCAUUUGAUUCUGAUUUGAAUAAAAUUAUAAUUAGACAUGAUUUGACACCCCAGCAAAAAUUUUCGUUAAAAAAAAUGAUUGAUAAGGCAAAGGAAAAACAGGCGAAUGACCAUACGGGUUUUUUAUACAGGGUCAGGGGAGAGCUGGGGGAAUGGAGAAUAGUAAAAUUCAAAAAGAUGGAGUUAACUUAG